AUGUCGGGCGCCAUCGUAAGGGACGAGUUCAUCUUCUCCAGCAACCGCUUUAAGGCCUACUUUGUCGAUGUGCUGAAUUCGACGUUUGACCAGAUCCCCGGAACGGCCGUAGGCAUUUUAGGCAUGGGAGAGAAGGCAUGCAAUCCGACAUGCAUCGACCCUAUCUACACCUCCAUCCACGAGUCCAUCACAUGGGCCUCCGACCUUUUCACGCUCUGCUUCGGCUACACGACCGGUAUUCUCGCUAUCGGCUCCAACGACCGUCGUUUUCAGAACGGCGAAAUGUUGUACACCACGCAGCGACCGAACGAAUUAGGGUACACUUACGACAUCCUCGACGUGCGUCUGAACAACCAGACAUUUUUGGCGGCAAAAUCGAACUACGUGGCAAUUUUGAAAUCCAACCAAAACAGAAUACUAUUCCCAAAGGAACUGUGGACCCAGUUCAAAUCCUACAUGAUGAAACACUAUUCACACAUCCCCAAUGUAGCCGAUGAAACGGUUUUCUUGGGCGUUUCAAUCGCGAACGUCACGGAUUACCCCACGCUGGACUUUCUGGUGAGCGGAAUACUAUUCCAUUUGCCACCGGAACAGUAUUUCCUGCGCGACCCCUCGUGGUCGGCGGGAUAUCAGCUGGGGAUUCGGAAUUGGGACAAUGUUGUUUGUUUGACACCUAAUUAA